AAUUCAACCCGCCGUGGACCAAUGAAUCAGGCUCCAGCGAUAUAAUAUUUAUGAUUUCGAGUUUAAAGCCUUAACACUCCGCCCAAGGAUUGAGGCUAUUACAGCUACCUAACCUCCUAUUUCUUAUAUACAAGUUGAACUUCUGCGCCAAUACCUCAAUACCUCGAAAGCAGACAACCUCGCCUCCCUCACCCCCCAAAACGACCCCGCGCCCUCACCGCAAAAAUGGGCCAAGACACCUCCCACGAGCUGGUCGACGAGGCCCUCCCCUCCAAAACCCUCCAAGACCGCUCCCUCAGCUCCGUAGCCACCUACCUCAACUCGCCCAAAGCCCAGCGCGUCGUCGUCCUCACCGGCGCCGGCAUCUCCACCAGCGCUGGGAUCCCCGACUUCCGCUCCCCAGACACGGGGCUAUACUCCAACCUCGCGCGUCUAAACCUUCCCUACCCCGAAGCCGUCUUCGACAUCUCCUUCUUCCGCGAGAACCCCGCGCCGUUCUACAUGCUGGCUCAGGAGCUGUAUCCCGGGAAAUACAAACCGACGGUGGCGCAUGCGUUUAUUGCCCUACUGGCGAAGAAGGGGCUGCUGCAUAUGCUGUUUACGCAGAACAUCGAUUGUCUGGAACGCGCGGCGGGGGUGCCGCCCGAGAAAGUCGUGGAGGCGCAUGGGAGCUUCGCGUCGCAGAGGUGUAUUGAUUGUAAGACGGAGUACCCGGAUGAGUUUAUGAGGGAGUUUGUUAGGUCGGGGGAUAUACCGUAUUGUGAGGAUGAGGCGUGUGGGGGGCUUGUUAAGCCGGAUAUCACGUUUUUUGGGGAGUCGCUGCCGCAGAGGUUUCAUAUGAAUACGCAUGUGCCGUCGCAGGCGGAUUUGAUGAUUAUUAUUGGGACGAGCUUGACUGUUCAUCCGUUUGCUUCGCUGCCUGAUAUGGCCCUGGAAGGAACCCCGAGGGUCUUACUAAAUAUGGAGAGGGUAGGGACCCUAGGGAGCAGACCUGAUGAUGUCCUGUUGCUAGGAGACUGCGAUAGUCAGGUCCGGAGGUUGGCAGAUGAGUUGGGUUGGAGGGACGACCUGGAGGCCCUUUAUAAGGAGGUCGGUGGGCCUGAAGCAGCGAGGGAGCCUGCAACGCCUGCUGCUAAACAGGAGAUAUUGGAAGAGGAGAUUGAGAAGUUGACCACAGAAGUUGAGCAAGCUCUGAAGCUAUCGGAUGGUCAUAAGAACGUUGAUCACAAGAGCGUUGAUCACAAGAGCGUUGAUCACGCACUGAAGAUCUCAGAUGGACAUAAGGAUUGGUUAGAGAAGCACCUGGCUACGAAGGUGGCUACAGGACCUACCGAGACCGUAUCACCAGCAGAUGAUGAAAAGGCACAAAAGCAAGACACCGAGAAGCCAGACGUAGAGCAGAAGGCACAAGAACCGAGUAGUGACCAAGUCUCGGAAGGUGGUAAAACCGGCGACACAGCCGUGAUAAGUUCCACGGUGGCAGAGUCAGACAUUCACACGGGAGAAAAAGAAUCUUCGUUAUCGAAAGACACAGAGAAUAACGACACCACAUCGAGUAUACCGGUAGAGACUAAAGAGAAGACGGCAGCAUCGACAGAGCCUAAAGUAGACGAUGCUCAUCCCAUACCGCUUGGUUCAGAGCCUUCUACGCAAUGAUGCCAUCUGUCUCUGCCUGGGCUGCUGGCACCUAUAGAAUUCUAGAACCCUUCUAUGAAGCAUAUAUAACACGUUGAAGCAAACAUUAUUAUUUAAAAGCCCUGCGUAAGUAUUCACAAGCUCAAAUUAUCCAAGAAUAGAUAGACUAGAAUGCAAAAUGGCAAGCUUGCCACCCCCAUUUGUAAAUCUAGAAAGGUUUUAUAACAACAAAUCAGUGCAGCCAUAUACAAG